AUGGCAACUAUAAACUUAAAUCAAUUACCAUUAUUUCUAUUAAGAUAUAUAGCAAGUUUAUUAUUAUUAACUUCAUAUAAUAAUGGUUUAAGUUUAUAUAAUAGAGAUUAUUAUUUAGAAAUUGAAAAUAAUUAUAGUAAUAAUAAUAAUAAUAAUAAUAAUAAUAAUAAUAAUAAUAAUAAUAAUAAUAAUAAUAAUAAUAAUAAUAAUAAUAAUAAUAAUGAUAGUAAUGAUGAAAAUGAUAAAGAUUUUAUACACAGAAAUUUCAGAAAUCAAAUUCAAAUCGAAAGAGGGUUUUAUAGAGCAUAUACAACUCAUACAAAUUAUCGAUAUAUUAUUUCACUCUCAUUAGUUUCGACAUUAUGGGCAAAAUCCAUUAUACCUUAUAUAGACUUUUCCAGUUAUUUAGUUCAACAUUCAAUAAGCGAAUUAGAAUUUAUAUAUAAAUUAAAAAACUUUGGUUUAAUAAAACAAGAUUCCAUAAUACAGAAUAAUAAUAGUAACAACAAUAAUAAUAAUAAUAAUAAUAAUAAUAUUAGUACAAAUAAUGAUAACUCAAAUAAAAUUAACAAUAAUGAUAAUAAUAAUAAUAAUAAUGGUUUACUUUCAAAUAAUAGUGGUAUUGAAGAGUAUGACGAUUCACAUUCACAAAUCGAUUCUUCUUCCGAUGAACCCAGAAAAAAAAAGAAAAAAUAUUCAAUUUUAUCAAUUAUUCCGUGUAUCAAUGUUGACACAAGUGAUGAUAAUAGUGAAAAAAUGAUUAUAAAUAGUAGCAAAAUAUAUAAACACAAAAAUAAUAAUACUAAUAAUAACACUAAUAAUAAUAAUACUAAUAAUAAUAUCAAUAUUAAUAUUAAUAAUAAUAAUUAUCAUAACUCAAAGUUUUCAAAGGAAUUCAGUAAACCAUUUAAUAUACAUAAUAUAAUAUUAGUUAAAAGGCUAUGGGAUAAAGAUUUAGAUAGAUUAUUAAAGAAUGAAAAGUAUCAUGAUUUCUUAUUAAAUGGAUUCCGAACUUUAAUAAUACCACCCAACUUUUUAAAUUUUUAUCAGCAGUUAUCAACAGUCAAAACUUUAAUUUUAGAAAUCACACUUCCAAGUCAAUUAGAUUACCUUCAACAAUUUUUAUCAAAUAAUAAAACUAUUGAACACCUUACGAUUAAUUUUAGUAGUAUUGUUUUUAGCUCAUCAAAAGGUUAUGGAAUUUCAAAUAUUUUAAAUAACCAUAAAACUUUAAAAUCUUUAAAAAUUAAUUCAUUAAUUGGUGGUCAAUUCAUUAAUUUACAUAAUAAUAAUAUUAGUAAUAAUAUAAAUAAUAAUAAUAAUAAUAAUAAUCAUACAAAUAAUAAUAGUACUGUAAAUAUUGUAAAUAAUAAAACAACAUCAACAUCAACAUCAACAUCAACAUCAACAACAACAACAACAACAAAUCAUAAUAAUAUUAUUAUUUUAAAUAAUAAUAAUUUAAGACAUGUUUGCUUAAGAUCAACAUAUAUUUUAGUGGUUCCAACUUUUUUUAUGAAUUUAGAAAGUUUGAUAUUAGAAAGACCAAAAUUUUUACAUGCAGAAGAAAUAUUUCAAUUAUUUGAAUAUGUAGGAUCAAAUAAACUUUUACGAGUAUUUCAUUUGCAAACAUCGUAUCCAUUCUCAAUGCACAAAGAUCCAAGAAUUGUAAGAUCUAUUAGUGGGGUUUUUGAAAAUACAACUAUAAGAGAUUUAAGUCUAUCAGUUCUCCAAACUAAAGGCAACAAAAUUAUGGGUAGGGCUUUAAAUGGUCUCAUCAACAACACAACAUUGACAAAUUUAUCUUUAUCAUAUGUCAAUCCAAAUUGUAAUAAAUUGGCAUACUUCAUUCAAAAUAAUCAACACAAUUUAAAAUCAAUACAAUUAAAUUAUUGCAAUCAAGAAAUAAGUAAUGCAUUAUCAAAUCAUUCAAGUUUAGAAGAGAUUAGAUUUAAAUCAUUUGAAUUUCAAUUAUUAAUGAUUGAUAAUCAGGAUGAUGGUAACAACGAUCAUAAUGAUAGUGGUAGUGAUAAUAUGAAUAUUGACAAUAGUAGCAACAGCAGCAGUAGCGGUGGUGAAAUUAUUAUCGAUGACAAUGUAGAUAAUGGUCCAAUAGAAGGUCAACAACCACAAAAACAUAUAUCAUCAUUAUUAUCAUCAGUAGAUCAAUUAAAUCAAAUCAUUUUAAAUCUAAAGACCUUAAAAAGAUUGAAAUUUGAUCAAAGUUUAUUCUCUAAUAAUAGCAUAUAUAGGGUUUCAUGGUCAGAUGUUUUUACAAAUAUCAAAUUAAGAGAAAAUCAAAUUGAAUCAUUGGGUAUUUCAGGAUCAAUUGCAAUAUUAUAUGAACCAUUAAUAAAUGGUUUAUUCAAUAACAAUAAUAAUAAUAAUAUGGGUAUCAACAUCAACAAUAAUAAUAAUUAUAAAAGUGGGUUAAAUAAUUUAUAUAUCAAGUUAACAGGUAGUGAAUAUGAAUUAUCACACAAUGACACAUCAGUAUUUUCUCAAUUAUUAAAAUCAAACUACUUGGAAAGUGUAAGAAACUUUAGAUUUAAAUCCGAUAUAAUUAAUCCAAAUAUAUUUUUAAAUUUAUUAUCAAAUCCAAAUUUAAUAUCUCUUGAUCUUCGUUUCACCACACCACAUGCAUUAGAUCUUUCUAUACUCCAAUAUGUAGAACUAUUUAAUAAAACCUCACUUAAAUUCAUUCAACUCCCAAAUCAAGUUUUCUCAAAACCUCUCAUCAAUUUAUUUUCAAAAAGGUCAAUUAUAACAAAACCAUUAAAGUUUUAUUAA